AUGAAGACCUCUACAUUCCUACCGUUUUUCAUGUGGCGAACGAAUGGGACCACAAGAAGGAUACCGAAAACGUUGCCCCCGAAACUGUAUCAAGUGGUCGGUACAUUGUUCCCGCCUGUUCCACUCCUAUCUGGAGAAGAGGAAACGACCACGGUUGGGGCCAAUAUAACAGGUAGCGAUGCUAAUGAGACAACGAUUUCUGUGACAACAGAGACCUUGAUAGAUAAAGAUAUAAGUAAAAACAGUACAGCUGAAAACAUAACAACAGUUGCAGAGUAG